UACCUUAGAACUAUUUUUUCAAACUAGUAUUCCACCGGAAGUAAAAAAUCAACCCACACCGGCUUCGAAGGGUGAGAAAGAGAAAGCUACAUUUUGUUGAAGAAUUAAAAAUGGCAGAAUCUGAGGCAAAUCCCGCUCCAGAAGAUGUACACGAGGAAGAUACUAAUGCACCUGGAUAUAAACCACCAGAGUUUGAACCCUUGGAAAACAUCUUAAAGAAAGAUCAGGAGGAUGAGAGUCUCAAUAAAUAUAAACAAGCCUUGUUAGGUGGUGGUGAUGCUAAAGACCCAUUCCCAAAUGACCCACGUCGAGUUAUAGUAACAGAGUUGGCAUUAAUUGUCCAAGAUAGAGACGAUGUAACAUUAGAUCUAACAGGUGAUUUAGCGAAAUUAAAAGACCAAGUAUUUGUAAUUAAAGAAGGAUCAGCAUACAAGAUGCGAGUCAAAUUUUUUGUCCAGAAAAAAGAAAUUGUUUCAGGUUUAAAAUAUGUCCAGAAAACAUAUCGAAAAGGCAUCAAAGUGGAUACAUCAAAAUUCAUGGUUGGAAGUUACCCACCAAAGGCAGAAGCUCAUACCUGGUCUACACCUAUAGAAGAUGCACCCUCAGGAAUGUUAGCAAGGGGAGACUACAAGGUCGAAAGUUUAUUUACCGAUGAUGAUAAAAAUGAACAUCUAAAAUGGACAUGGAAGUUUGAAAUCAAGAAAGAUUGGGCAUAAAAUAAUCCACCUUUUUGUAACAUGACAAAUCAACUGGUCAUUUUAACUCAUAAUAUAUAGCUUUUUACGAUUUUGUAUAAUAAUUUGUUUAUAAACUCUAAAAUUUAUUGCCUGAAUCAGUAUAGUUAUGUUUGGCAGUCUAUAUUGUCAAGUGCCUCAAUACAGUUAGUCAGCAUAGAUAUAUGUACUCUAUAGUCUCCAUCUAUUUAGUGUAAAAACUCAACUUCCAAGUCUCAAACUGUAUAAAUGGAUAGUUAUCUUUAAGUUUUGUAUUGAAUAUAGGAUUUAAUAAAUAUGAAAGCAAACAGAAUCUCUCUGAAUGGAGUUGUGUGAAGGACAAUACAGGUUUUUAUGCUAUAGCAAAAUUUAUAUUUUUUUCUAAAUAUGAUUUAGUUUCUACUUAUUUUCAUGUGCCAAAUUGGGUAUUUUUUAUGUGGUUUCUGCUCAAAUAAAUGUCACCAAAGAAUUUCAGUAUUACAUAAAAGUGGAAAUUAACCAAGUAAAAUAAUAUCACAUGGUUUUUUAACACAUUUAUUUGGUAAAAGAAUGAAAUGAAGAAAUAUAAAGAGAUCUCUUAUUAAUCUGAUUUCAUUGUUGAAUGCUUGUCCACUUUUGUUUGGCUUUGUACACCCUUAGUUAUUUCCAAUAAAAUGGUUAAAACAGUCCUUUUUAACCCAUUCACUUAUCUGUGGCAGGGACAAAUUAUUAUAUAAUCUCAACUUUACAACUGCCAACCAAUUUAACAUUAUAAAACUGGUACAUGUAUACUUAUGUUAUCUUCAUCUUCAUGCGAUGCAAACUAUCUUCAUAACUGAUAUAAGUAUAGUCCGACUAUUUUGUUACUGAGUGUUCUCUAAGUUGCAGUAUGUUUUAUAUAUUGGCAGACAGGAUAAGCCCCAGAUUUGCUUUAUGACACACUUUUUACUUCAAAAUUUUGUGAACUAACAUGUGAAUUUGUACAAGGUAUUUUGUUAUGUAAAACUUUUAGUGCAAUUUUUCACAAACAGAAUUUUUGUAGAAAACCAAUUAUUUCUUUCAAGUUUUCAUGUAUUUUGUAUUAAAUUUUCCAGCAUUUAUCUAUGUGCAAUGUUGAGAUUUUGGUGUAGAACUUUUGAGUGAGCUGCUUAAAACAGAUUAGAAAAAGGCCAUAUUAUCAAUGUAACUGAUUUUUUUAUCGGUGCCAGUGUGAAUCAAUCGAAAAAAAUCACAAUUUAUGUUGGUUUUUCUUUAAAACACCUUAGAAUUGUAAAGAUACAUGUAUAAUACGUGUAAUAUAGAUCUUAGUCCAUUUAACAAAUUAUCAUGAUCAAAUAUUGUUAAUUUAGUUCAAUGACUUUACUAAAUAAUUUAUAAGCAUUGCUUUAUUGACAUAGAACAAUUUACUAAUUUUGACUUAAUUAAUAGAAUGAUUAUUCAUGCCAAGAAUAAGCAAUGAAUAACAGUAUGGAACAAUGAGGAUAAGAUGCAAUUUUUUGGUAAAGAUCUGAAGAAAUAUAUGUAUGGUUAAAGUCCUAUCUGUUUUAAUGUUGUUGUUUUUUAUGCUGGUGCUGAUUCUAUGCAAUCAUCAUAAGUGCUGGACAUUAUGAAACAUGCCAAAUAAAUCAUGGUGUAUCCAUA